AUGCCAACCGGGGCCUCUCACACAGGACCAGGCCAGGUGAGGCUAGGGCCCAGACAGUGUUGGGCUGUAGUGUUGGGCUAUGCGGAGCUCAAAUACCACGACACCCACCUCGCCACCACCGCCACUGGCGCAUGCAAGUCUGUGCUGGCUGCUUCUUUCGGAGUGCUGGUGCUGGAGCUGCUAACAGGCAGGGAGCCCAUUCUCUCGGUCGAUGGCUCGCAGUCACACAUUCGGGAAUGGGCGACAGCAGAGCUCUCAAGCAGUGACGUCAGCUCCAUCAUAGACCCGCGCAUGGCCUCUCCUGCUGUGUCUACCAGUGACAUCACUAUGAUGCAUGCUGACGUGAUGGAGAGCCUUGUAUCCCUGGCCAUGGAAUGCACUGCCAUGCCCGCUGCCUCGCGCCCCUCCAUGGCCAAAGUGCUCUCACAGCUGAAGCAGCUGCACGAGGAGGUGGUGAGGCGGGAGGAGGAAAUCGGAUUGGAACUCGGGAGUGGAUUUGUAGGAGUGGAUAUGGGUGUGGAGGGAGUGGGAGGGGUGGUGAAGGAGAAGUGGGAGAGCCUGGAUAAUGGGGUGUUAAUGAUGAGUGAGACGUCGGUGUCGGAUGUGAGGGAUACGGGCAGCUUGGAGGGGAAUGAGAGCUUCAGUGCUGGAGAGGGGACGAGUGGAGAGGGGACGAGUGGAGAGGCGAGUGGGAGCGUGGCUGGUUAUCGCAACUGA